AAUGGGGAUGGAAUCUAGUCAAGUUUUAUAUAAAUUUAGACUAAUGCAUCAUGACAAGUAAAGCAAAACAUAUGCAGAUGUGAAGUUUAUGAUAGAAUCUAGAUCAUAGAUUCUAAGAUGUUGUAGCAUUACCACAAGGCCAAACGGUCAACUAGUAACACAAAUGGCAGCAGAGGAAGCCACGUGCCACUCCUCCAAUCUCCCCUUACAAUGGCGAGGCGCAAAACUUGCAAUGGCCAAUCAGUUCAUGUAUACAUUUUACCUCCCACUUCUUGUGAUCCCUCCAUUUGGUGGGUCUUCAUUUUUCUUUCACAUCUCUAAUGCUACAACAACAACAUGUGCUUGGUUCUGUGGAUUGAUGGUGGUACAAGCUUACAGAGGCUACACUUGUUUCCUUGGUCACAAAAAUACCUCAUAUUGUGAUCCAUGUUGUUGUGUCUUCUUUCACGUGCAACCCUUUUUUCUUGGAUCAUGUGCCAACCACGUUUGGAAUAGCUGUUUCUUGCUGUUCAUGAUCUUGUUCUAGGGGGUUGUGUGAGAAUGGCUUCUCUGUCGGUUAUGGCGGUUGUUUGAAGUUUCAACCUUCUUCUUUUUCUUCAUCUGGGAAACUUGUGGUGUCUAUAAAGGACACAUAUUUGAGGUUUUAUUUAAGAAUUUUUGUGUUAUGGGACAAGAAUGGCACCAGGUACUGGUUGCCCUUCUCAGACAGAAACAGCUAUGUUGAGUGGUGGAGCUGGUGGGAUCCCCAGGGGCAGUAGUGAGUGUUCCAUGGAGGAUCAGAAUGGUGAUACGCUUGGGAAUUUGAAUCAGAACAUUGGGAAGCCUCCAAGGGAUCUUUCAGCUAUGCGCCAUUGUAGCAGUUCUUCAUGGUUGGCUGAAUCGGAACCAAAUAUUAUUACUGUUGGCUUAAAACCAAGCACAGAGGAAAAAUCAGAGUUUUCACUUUCAUUGCGAUCAGGAAGCUUUUCUGAUAAAGGACCAAAGCAAUAUAUGGAGGAUGAGUUCAUAUGUGUUGAUGUUCUUCGUGAAUGUGUUGGUCCAGGAUCAGACCUUCCUUCUCCAGCAGCAUUUUAUGGGGUAUUUGAUGGACAUGGUGGUGUUGAUGCUGCAUCAUUUACCAGAAAGAACAUCCUUAAGUUUAUAAUUGAAGAUCCCCAGUUCCCAUCUGGCAUUAAGAAAGCAAUUAAGAAUGCAUUUGUGAAGGUUGACAAUGCAUUUAGAGAUGCUAGUGCCCUUGACAGCUCUUCAGGCACCACCGCCCUAGCAGCCCUUGUUCUAGGAAGUGUCAUGCUGAUUGCCAAUGCAGGGGAUUCUCGUGCUGUAUUGGGCAAAAGGGGCAGAGCCGUUGAACUUUCCAAAGACCACAAACCAAAUUGCACAUCAGAAAGACUGAGAAUUGAGAAACUGGGUGGUGUGAUCUAUGAUGGAUACCUCAAUGGCCAACUAUCAGUGGCUCGCGCUCUCGGAGACUGGCAUAUCAAAGGCGCUAAAGGCUCGAAAAGCCCCUUGAGCUCCGAGCCUGAGCUCGAGGAGAUUAUCCUGACAGAAGAAGAUGAGUUUUUGAUAAUGGGGUGUGAUGGAUUAUGGGAUGUCAUGAGCAGCCAGUGUGCUGUUACAAUGGUGAGGAGGGAGCUCAUGCAGCACAAUGAUCCCAACAAGUGUGCAAAAGUGCUCGUUGCUGAGGCCCUCCAACGCAACACGUGCGACAAUCUCACAGUUGUGGUGGUUUGUUUCUCUAAAGAUCCACCUCCUAAAAUUGAGAUUCCUAGAUCACAUAGGAGGAGGAGCAUUUCUGCUGAAGGCCUUGAUCUUCUCAAGGGUGUCUUGAAUGGUAGGUGAAUAAAACUUGAUAGUAAUUUGUACAGAUUGAUUGAGUUGGACAUUCAUACAAACAGUUGGUGGGGAUUUUUCAGACUAAUUGCUAUCCCUGCUACUUUGAGGAUUGCUGCUUGCUUACAUGCCAGAUUGCCAGUGAUAAUGUCCCACAACUUGUAACAACUUGGAUUUGGAGGUACCAACCAGAAUCAAAUCAAAGCCUUCUUGCCUUGCACUAUAUAAUUAUUUCAAGAAGCUAUCACCCUCCCUGCUUUAUACCUACACCUUUUGGCCUUGCAAGCUUCUCAAUUUUACCAUUUUCUACGGCAAGAAGUGAUACAAGUACACAAGAGCAUAACAGCAAACUUUCACUGACUGUUGAAAAUAACUAUGAAGUAAACUAAAUGAAUGUAUUCUUUUCUUUUUGUUAGUGUAUCUUUCACAACCUUUUUGAACCAUUGUAAAUUUGUAAGCACCUUCCACUUUGUUUUCUUAUUGUUGUGUAUUUGUCUUUGACCUGUCUUUAUUUUUUCUUUACAAAAAAUUAAUAACAUAAUUUGUAGACACUCAAUACUA